UAUUAAUGGGUCAGAAUAACACUCUCAUUCAGUCUCAACUUUGAAGUUGUUGCCAUGGAGUCCAUACCUCACCCAACAAUGGCGAAACCUGAUAAGCUCCACAUAGCCAUGAUCCCAUGGCUAGCCUUUGGUCACAUCAUCCCCUACCUCGAGCUCGCCAAGCUCAUCGCCCAAAAGGGUCACAAAAUCUCCUUCCUCUCCACCCCUAGAAACAUCGAUCGCCUCCCAAAACUCCCGCCAAACUUAGCCCCUCUCAUCAACUUCAUCAAGCUUCCUCUUCCCCACGUCGACAACCUCCCGGAAAACGCCGAGUCCACCUCCGAUCUACCUUACCACAAAGUCAAGUACCUCAAGAUAGCUUAUGAUCUCCUCCAACAACCAGUGACCAGUUUUCUAGAAUCUUCAGCUCCUGAUUGGGUUAUGCAUGACUUUGCACCUUAUUGGUUAGGUCCAAUUGCAGCUAGGCUCAACAUUUCAAGUGCUUUCUUCACUAUCUCCAUUGCUUCCAGUUUGGUCUUUUUGGGACCUGCAAAGUAUAUGAUGGGCAUGCACAGUGAUCCGAAACCGAUCAAGGCCGAGGACUUCACGGUCCCACCCAAAUGGGUUCCGUUCAAAUCAACGGUUGCGUUCAAACUGUUCGAGAUCUUGCGCGUUUUUGAUGAGGUGGUUGCAGAAGAUGAAGAAAUUUCCGGUAUUUAUCGGUUCGGGGCAAGCAUUGAUAGGUGUGACGUGUUGGCUCUAAGAAGCUGUUAUGAGUUUGAAUCUGAAUGGUUACCCAUUGUUGAAGAGAUUCACAGGAAACCAGUGAUACCGGUGGGUCAGUUACCGGCCACAGCUUAUCAUGAGGACGACCACGAGGACAUUGCAUGGAGGGAAAUGAAAGAGUGGCUUGAUAAGCAAGGUAAAGGGUUAGUGGUUUAUGUUGCAUUUGGGAGCGAAGCGAAACCGAGUCAAGCUGAACUCACUGAGAUAGCUCUGGGGUUGGAGCUAUCCGAGUUGCCGUUCCUUUGGGCUCUAAGAAAGAAACGAGGGAUGGCUGAUACCGAGGUGAUCGAGUUGCCGGAAGGGUUUGAGGAGAGAACUAGAGGACGUGGGUUGGUGAGGACGAGAUGGGUGCCUCAACUCAGGAUACUGAGUCAUGACUCAGUGGGUGGGUUUUUGACUCACUCGGGUUGGAGUUCGGUGGUGGAGGGAAUACAGUUUGGGAGAGCUCUUAUACUAUUGACGUUUUUGGCGGAGCAAGGGCUGAAUGCUAGGGUUUUGGAAGAGAAGAAGAUGGGUUAUUCGAUACCGAGAGACGAGCGAAAUGGGUGGUUUACCAGGAACUCAGUGGCCGAGUCACUGAGGUUAGUGAUGGUAGAGGAAGAAGGGAAGAUAUACAGGGACAAGGUCAAGGAGAUGCAAGGAAUUUUUGGGGACAGGGAUAUACAAGACAAGUACGUGGAUAAUUUGUUGGCUCAGCUUCAAAGUCAUCCAAAAAGGGGACCCCAAGAAGGAAAGUAAUGACGAUGGAGUUCAGAAUAGCUGAAUAUAUACCAGUAUUGUUCCUAAUUUUGACUUUUUUUUCUUUUAAAUUUUUUUUUUUAUCCGUUUGAAAUGUAAAAAAAAAAAAAAAAAAAAAAUUGGUUAUUGGAUUUGUAAUUGCCUCAGUAGGAAAGAUACUUCCUUUGUGUUGUUAAUUUUAUUUUCCUAUGUAUUGCAAGGAAAGAUGUUAUAAUCCGUGAAUGGAAGAUUCAAACAUGAUAGAUAAAAUAAUGCUACUAAAACCAACAACUAGUAGCUAGUAUUUUGUAAUAAA